AUGCUUACCUCGAUCGGCGAACAUCAACGACCCAAAGACUUUCGUUUCUCACCCCAGAAUCCUAAGAGCACGUCCGCAGCACGUGUCGUGAAAGGCUGGAACCCAGAGUUGCAGAUCGAAGCCUUGGAGAAGGGCGUGGGGGUCACAUCUGAGGAUUUCUUUGAUGACAACUUCUGGACGUCGCUGGACCUCUGCUGGAAUGCCCUGGACAACGUCAUUGCCCGCAAGUACACGGACAAGUGCUGCUUGUGGUACGGCCUGCCUUUGCUUGAGUCAGGCACACUGGGAACGAAGUGCAACAGCGACGUCUUCCUGCCAGGCCUGACGAAGAGCUACAACGAUGGCGUGGAGACCGAUGCAAACGAGACGCAGAUAGCCAUGUGCACUUUGCGAAGUUUCCCUUUCUUGCCGCUGCACUGCAUCGAGUUCGCGAAGCAGGCAUACUUCUCGGACUACAUGGAGUUCGCACCGCAGCAAUACGAGUCCUUCCGCAAGGAUGCUUCUGGCUUCUUUGAGCAGCUUGACGCGAUGAGCGAGGCGGAGCAGUUCAAAGCGCUGAAGAUGAUCAAAGGUAACCCAAAAGCAGUGUGCAUGUUUCCGCAGCCUUGGCUCCUUACACCCGAUGAGCAGAACCUUUAA